AUGAAAAAUUUUACGAAUCUUAGACUAAUUUCUAUUAAUUUGUCUUCUAUGAAGAAAUUUUUUACUAAACGAUUAAAAAAAUCAAAGUCUCUUCAUGAACAUAAUGAGGUACAAGAAAAAAAUAAUAAUAAAAAUGGAGCUGCUAUUACUACAUCCAAAACUUUUGCUCAUCCCCCAACUACAACUAGAAGCUGCGCCCCAGGAAAUGGAUUAUCAUUUGAUACUUGUGGAUCAUUAGUAGAUGUACAUUCAACAACUUCUUCAGUCAAUGAGAAACGGUCUGCUCAGUCUCAGGAGAUGGAUAAACAUAUGAUGCAAAUGAUAUCAGAUGUUAAAUAUAUGAAACGUCGACCUAAAUUUAUGGAGGUUAGUGAAGUUAAUUUUCAACGACAAUGCUUAGAUGCACAUAAUCAAUUACGAACAAAUUUUGGUUGUCCACCUUUAUCAUGGUCACAAGAACUUGCUGAUGUAGCUAGAGCUUGGGCUAUGAAAUUAGCAGAACGUGGCCGUGUACUUUAUCCUGAGUUAACAGGAAUAGGUGAAAACAUUUAUUUAGAUACGGGUGUUUCAGAAGAUCAUCUAACAACUGGAUCAGAAAUUGUUACUCACUGGGCUAAAGAAGCUGAAUAUUUUAAUUUUGAUAAUCCCAGAUGGCAUCCAAAAUGCCAAAAAUUUACACAAAUGAUUUGGAGAGAUUCAGAAGAGUUAGGUAUCUAUCGUUAUUGGAACACAUCAACAAAUUGCCUAUGUAUAGUAGCAUUUUAUAAACCAGGAGGUAAUUGUAAUACACCAGGCUCAUUUGCCUCAAAUGUUCCUACCAAAGCAGCAUUGAAUGAGGCACUCUUUGAAACUGGAAGUCCAAUUCGUUCUAUAAUAGCUUCUAUAAAAAAGACGAGUAGAAACAUUGAUAAUUGUAUUACUGCAAAUGAAUCACCUUAUAAAGGUAUGAAUUACCAUCCAUCACCAUUAGCUAAAAAAGGAUAA